AUGGCUGGCCCCCGGCAACCCAGUCCGCCAGCUCUGACCUACCUCUUCUCGCUCAACAUCACAAGUGGUCCGACGAUCAACAUUGGUUCAACCCCCCUGGGGGAUAGGGUGUUCGAGCCCAUCAUCGGCGGGUCCUUCUCUGGGCCGAAGCUUUCUGGUACCGUUGCCGCUGGCGGCGGUGAUGCGGCCCUCGUCGAUGGCAAUGGAUCCUUCAACCCGGAUGUCGUUUACGUUCUUCAGACCCACGACGGAGGCAAUAUCUUGGUACGAGAGAAGGGUCACGCCCCGAAUCUGCUCCUUGUGUUCGAAACCGGCAGUGACGACUACGACUGGCUUAACUCAGUCGUCGCAUAUGGGCAAGGCGUGCAGGUACCAGGCGGCGGUGUGUCGCUUAAUGUUUGGCAGGUUAGUGUUCCCCUGUAG